AUGCUGACCGCCCUCCCCCGUGCAGGCCGCAGAGCCCUCGCGGCGCCGGCCGCCGUCCGAUCAUGCCACCGCGCCAUCACCACCUCCUCCCUCGUCGGCGUGACCCCCGAACAGCUCGAGAGCUUCAACGAGGCCGCAGCCCUCAGCCAGAUCCCCGAGGACCCGCGUGAGGUGCGGCAACGCCAGAUCCAGGAGGGCAAGGCCGUCCGCAAGGCGUACGACGGGUUCCGCCGCGUGCAGAAGGCGACGGCGCACAUUGGCUCCGUCGUCGAGCGCCCCUACGUGCCCUCGGCGCUCAUCAACGACCCGCCCGCGCCCAAGGACAUUACGCUCGAGCUCCUGAUGGCCUCGCAGACGCACAUGGGCCACCACACGUCCCUGUGGAACCCGGCGAACGCGCGGUACAUUUACGGCGUCAGGCAGGGCAUCCACAUCAUUUCCCUCGAGACGACGGCCGCGCACCUGCGCCGCGCCGCGCGGGUCGUCGAGGAGGUUGCGUACCGCGGCGGCCUGAUCCUGUUCGUCGGCACGCGCAAGGGGCAGAUGGAGAUCGUCACCAAGGCGGCCAAGCUGGCGGGCGGGUGCCACCUCUUCACCAAGUGGACGCCGGGCAACAUUACGAACCGCGACAUGAUCAACCCCGGCAAGGAGGUCAAGGUCGUCGACGAGAAGGACGCGACGCUGGACGGGUUCGAGAGGCUCGAGAGGACGGGCCGGCCGCUGGUGCCGGACCUGGUGGUGUGCCUGAACCCGCGCGAGAACUACACCAUGCUGUACGAGUGCGGCCUGACCAACGUGCCGACGAUUGGCAUCAUUGACACGGACGCGAACCCGGACUGGGUGACGUACACCAUCCCGGCCAACGACGACAGCUACCGAUCCGUUGCCGUCAUCGGAGGCGUCCUCGGACGCGCGGGCGAGCAGGGCCAGAAGCGGCGCCUCGCGGACGCGGAGAACGGCGUGGUCGCGUGGCAGACGCCCGCCGAGACGGGGCGGUACAUGAAGAACGAGAUCAAGCGGUACGAGCAGGAGAUCAAGCGGUGGGAGCGCGACAACGCAGGCGAGGCGGAAAACGGCGGCAGCGGCGAGCAGCAGCUGUUGGAGAUGCUGCAGGUGGAGCGGACCAAGGCUGUUGACGGCGAGGUCGACUAA